GUUGUUACCUGACACAGGAUUUGUAGAGGAACUGUGACCAACAAGAGCCCUGUGAUUCUUUUCCAGAUGGAUGAACUGCACCGUACCUUUCACCUCUCAACUCUCACUGUGUUGGUUUUACAUCUUUUCCUCUCACAUGUCUGCCAAGGUCAGUCUGAACUGAUUGGUUCAUCUCAGCCAAUAGUAGCAACUCUUGGUGGAGAUGUGGUUUUACCAUGUUACCUGCAGCCUGCUAUAGACGCCACUGACUUGACGGUGGAGUGGACCAGACCUGAUCUCAACCCCAGAUUUGUCCAUGUGAGGCGUUAUCGUGAAGAACUCGUGGAUAAAAAGCAUGAAUCAUUUCAGGGGAGAACAUCUCUGUUCAUUGAUGAGCUGACGAAAGGAAACAUAUCACUGACAAUCUCCAAAGUGAAACUCUCUGAUGAGGGAAAAUACAGAUGUUUUAUUCCGGCGCUGGGGAAGGAGACUUUUGUUCAGCUACGAGUUGUUCAGCCUGAACUUAUCGGUUCAUCUCAGCCAAUACUAUCAACUCUUGGUGGAGAUGUGGUUUUACCAUGUUACCUGCAGCCUGCUGUAGACGCCACUGACUUGACGGUGGAGUGGACCAGACCUGAUCUCAACCCCAGAUUUGUCCAUGUGAGGCGUUAUCGUGAAGAACUCGUGGAUAAAAAGCAUGAAUCAUUUGAGGGGAGAACAUCUCUGUUCACUGAUGAGCUGACGAAAGGAAACAUAUCACUGAAACUUUGCAAAGUGAAACUCUCUGAUGAGGGAAAAUACAAAUGUUUUAUUCCAGCACUGGGGAAGGAGACUUUUGUUCAGCUACGAGUUGCUCCUGUCUCCUCACCCGUCAUCAGUUUAUCAGGGAUGGACAGAGACAGAGGAGGAGUGGUGCUACAGUGUGAAUCCAGAGGAUGGUAUCCAGAGCCUGAGGUGUUGUGGCUGGACGCUGAGGGAAACCUGCUCUCUGCUGGACCUCCAGAGACAGUCAGAGGUCCUGAUGACCUCUAUACUGUCAGCAGCAGAGUGACUGUGGACAAGAGACACAACAACAGCUUCACCUGUAGAGUCCAACAGAACAACACCCACCAGACCAGAGAGGCUCACAUACAUGUUCCAGAUGAUUUCUUCAGUUCUGCUGUUCCCAACAACACUGGUUUGGUUGUUAGCUUAGCUGUUAGCAUCAUGGUUAUUUUAGCAUGUGUCUUCUUUGUGUGGAGACAAAAUAGAACCAAAACCAAGAAAAGAUCCAGAGAUGAAGCAGAGAAGGAGAAACUUUUAGGAGAAACUAAAGAUGUAAGAGACAAGAAGUGAAAGAUUAAAGGUUCAGAUUGAUCAGUUUGAAGAAAGUUUGAUCAGUAAACCUGCUGACUGAUCAUCAUCCAUCUGUCUGUCUGAUAUCUGACACAGAAAUAUGAGAAGAUUGAAGAAGAGCUGCAGAAAACCAAAGAAGAACUGAAGAACAAGACUGAAGAGAUGGAGAAACAUGUAGAUAAAAACACACACCAACCACUAAUGCUCAAACACCUUUUCCUACAUUAUGUGUAUACAUAAUACAUUUGUGUUUGAUUAUGAAAACACAAAUGUGUGUGUAUAUAUAUAUAUAUGUAUAUAUAUACACACACAGAGGUGGGACAAAGUUUUCAGACACCCAAUGCACUUGUUUUUUGUAAAAUCUCAGACAAAAUACUAAACAAAUCCUAACAGUCAUUAUAACCUUAACAAAUGACUGGUUCCAUAAAAAGAAAGAAAGUAUUGUUUUCAUGAUUAUGUCUUGUAUCAUGUUUCAGUUUUCCGUAUUAUUUUGUCAAGCUUUGUAACUUCCUGUCUGUCGUGCCUCCUUUUUCUUUGUUCCUUGUUGCAUUGUUGUGGUACUUAACUGAUGUGUUCCAUAUGUUGCUUUCCACUUGUUCCUCCUAUGUGUGCUUGCCUUAUUGAGUUCUGGAUUACCUUCCUAACGCAGAACCCCUUUUCCUCUGAUUCCCUGCCUCCUCAUCUUUAGUUCUGCAUUUUGGGUCCUCACCUCAACAAUAAGUCCUGACAGUUGUGUCAUUUUGGUUCCAGUGAUCCACUAAUGAAGGCUGUGUUAAACAUUAAAAGACAUUUUUCUGUUGCCACAUUGAACUCUGACAAAUAUUGAGCAAUUCUUCAAACCCACAUGAUUCCUUCCACAAAUCUAUCAAAAGGUCCGCUUCAAA